AUGGAUCUUAAUGAUGACUUUGACUUGUCCGAGUUUUUGAUUUUGGAUGGAGAAGACGACACGUAUACGUCGCCAUGUGGCGGGGAACCACAAAAACCUGUUGUAGCGGCAUUUUCACCAUUGACACCUCCUGGGACGCCAUUUGACAUCCAUAUCGCUGACAUCAAGAAGGAAGAAGAAAAAUCAAAUGAUUGUCCAUGGCCAUCCACAUGGGACGCUGCGUCUGACAUGAUCCACAAUCAUCAUUUGCAACAACAGCCAGCAGGCACCACCAGUGACACGGUAUGUCCGCUGUCAAUCAUGCUAUCACCACCCACAAGUAGUUCAAGUACCAGCUACUCGACACCACCAUACCUGCACAAGCAGGACCAAAAGGAAUCAAUCCGCCUUUUCCCCGAUCUUCCAAAUGGCGUGAAAACCAAAACGAUAAAGAUUCCCAGUUGUCAGCGUGAUGCUAUCAAGCGUGUUUGUCCUAAGGUUGCUACACCACCACCUAUCAAAAAACCUCGCAACAUCCGCACCCCAACAUCCUAUGACACCAAAACAAGCGAAUUCUUGAAAAGAAUGUUCUUUGAGACUUAUGUACAGAACAAGAAGCUUACCAAAGAACAGCGACAAAAGAUCAUUGAGCGAACGGACCUCGACUCUCGAAAGAUUACGUAUUGGUUUUCAAACCAUAAACGUCGAUCCAAGGAUCAACUCGAGACCUAUGCUCGUUUAUUACGACAAGGAACCAUCACAACGUACGAUGAAUUUGUGCAAUUUUGCAAGGACCAUGACGUACCAGGCUUCCAACCACAAUCCAACACGCAGACUACAUUGUAG